AAGAGAGAGAGCGGGAACGAGUGCAUGCGGAACAGAGAGCGAUAAGCAGCUGUAGACAGAGACAGCAUUCGUGCGCUUCACACCAGUUUGAGUCGGAGAGCGACGGCCGCAACGAAAUUCAGUUUAUUUCGAGACGUUGUCCAGGGCACGUCGCAUUCACGAGAUCGCUUUGAACACAGCCAGAGAUACACAAGUGAAAGAUACAUUUACGUAAAAAAGAUACACCCAACAAAGCAAAGCAAAGAAAACAAAGCAAAGCAAAAGCGAACGAAACGGUAGAUUGAUUCUACAGUGAAGUGAAGUUUCGAGUUUCAAACCAAAAAUAUACAAACGGGGAUUAUCAUGUCUUCCACAUCCGCCUCGCCGAUCAGCAACAUAACCGUCGACGACGAGCUCAACAUAAGCAGAGAACAAGACUUUGCCGAAGACGAUUUCAUUGUGAUUAAAGAGGAGCGCGAGAGCAGUCUCUCACCCAUGCUAACUCCACCACACACACCCACAGAGGAGCCGCUGCGGCGGGUACACUCCAGCAGCGCCGACGAGGCGGUGGCCACACAGCUGCACAUGCGGCACAUGGCACAGUACCAACAGCAGCAGCAGCAGCAGCAGCAUCAGCAGCAGCAGCAGCAUCGCCUCUGGUUGCAGAUGCAACAGCAGCAGCAGCAACAUCCCCACUACCCCGUCUAUGCGGCAGCUGCGGCUGGAGCUGCGGCCAGUGCCGAUCCCGUGGCCGUGCACCAGCAGCUGAUGAACCACUGGAUCCGCAACGCCGCCCUCUACCAGCAGCAGCAGCAGCAGCAGGCGGCACAGGCCCAGGCGCAUCACCAUCCGCACCACGCCCAUGCCCACCCACACCACCACGCACACACACACCACGCCCACGGCCACCCACACCAGCAUCCGCAUCAUCCGCACGGUGUGCGGCCAUACCCCGCGGGACUGCACGGACUCCACAUUGCCGCUGGCCGCCACUUUGGCGCUCUGCCCACCAUGAAGCUGAGCGGCGGACCGGGAGGAGCGGGAGGAGCGGGCACUGGCUCCGGCAGCAGUCGACCAAAGAAGCAGUUCAUCUGCAAGUACUGCAAUCGGCAGUUCACCAAAUCCUACAACCUGCUCAUCCACGAGCGCACCCACACGGACGAGCGCCCGUACUCGUGCGACAUUUGCGGCAAGGCCUUCCGGCGGCAGGACCAUCUGCGGGACCAUCGCUACAUCCACUCCAAGGACAAGCCCUUCAAGUGCAGCGACUGCGGCAAGGGCUUCUGCCAGUCACGCACCCUGGCCGUGCACAAGGUCACGCACCUGGAGGAGGGGCCACACAAGUGCCCCAUCUGCCAGCGCAGCUUCAACCAGCGGGCGAACCUCAAGAGUCAUCUGCAGAGUCACAGCGAGCAGAGCAGCAAGGAGGCCACCACCACACCCACCGCACCCACCUCCCCCACAUCGCCGAGUGGCGGAGCACCAACCCAGGCAUUGAGCUCGCCUCAACCUGAACAGUUGGUGCACCACCACCACCAUCACCAGCACCAGCACCACCACAUGCCCGUGCUGGAUCUGUCCUCGUCGUCAUCCGCCUCAUCCGCCACCACGGAGAAGCCCAAGCGCACCCUGGGCUUCACCAUCGACGAGAUCAUGAGCAGAUAGACAGCUGAACGGAGACCGGACCGAAUGUUCAACAGUUCUUGGUUUGUGUUCAGAGUCAUCCAGAGUUGGCCCCGGCCAGGCAUGGGAAGUGCCUGGCCCGGACCUCGCACAGAGUCCAGCUCGAAGCCUGGCCAAAGGUUACGCCACAUCCUCGCCAGCAUCCCGCAUCCCGCAAUCGCACCCAGUGAGAGUAGCAGCAGCAGUAGAGAGUUGCUAACAGUCAGAAAUAGUGCAAUCGGUUCUAUAUGGAAUGUAGAUAUAUAUUUAUGUAUAUAGAAGCCGGCAUUGUCCUAGCCAAAGAUACAGAUGCAGAAAGAGAAGAAAGAGUAUUGCAAAACACACACACAGACGCCUCCUACAAAACAAUUCCAAAAUAUUACACAGUCGAGUCGAGCUGUAAACUAUUAUUUAAUUAUACGUCUACUACAUAAUCAUGUAAUUAUCAUAGUUUAAUUUACAGUUAAUGUAUGGUACCUUAUAGCCACUUAAGUAAACCAAAUGUUAUGUUACAAUAGAUCAAUCAAUCAAUCAAACAUUCAAAUCAAACCAAACCUCACACUCGCUCUUGGUUAUUGAAAGACUGUUUUCCGUCAUAGCUUUUACCAUUCAAUUAUUAUAUUUUUGAAUAAAUCAAUCCGUGGAUUGUUCAAUGCGUUAAACCAAGUCAAGUCCAAUGAUUAUUAUUUCCUAGA